AUGAGGCUUUUAACGGUUUUUACCUUUCUUUCUGUUUUAUUCUAUACCUCAAAUGCUAUUUACUUUUACUUUGAUGGUUCUAAACCACAAUGUUUUUUGAAAGACUUGAGCAAAGGAAGAAUGGUUACCGGUGCUAUAAAUCCUGAGCAGUGGAAUGAAGAGUUGAAGAAAUGGGUUCCUAAUGAGAAAUCUAAGAUUCGUGUUCAAGUUGAUGAAACAUUCGCAAACAAUCACAUUAUUUACAAGAACGUCUUAAUGGCUAAAAAUGUGCUUCGCUUUACUCCUAACAACGAAGGUACACAUCGCAUUUGCUAUAUCUCUGACAGUGACGGUGGAUGGUUUUCUUCUACAAAGACCAGGUUGCAUGUCGAUAUUGGUUCUGAUGAGAAAUACAAUCUCAUAGCAUCAUCAGAAGACGAAGCCAAAGAUGUUGCUGAUCGCGUAGAAGCCCUUAAUUCACGACUGGAAACCAUAUACAAAGAACAAAUGAAGCAACGUAAACGUGAAAUGGCAUUCCGUGAUUCCAGUGAGCAUGCCAACUCUCGAGUUGUUAGAUGGACUAUUGUUCAAAUCGCUGUGCUAUUAGUAACCAGUGCUUGGCAGUUAUCUCACCUUCAACAAUCAUCUGCUUGUCCAGUGCAGCUAUUGCAAGAGGAAGAUUAUUACAGGUAA